CGCUUCCUUUUCCGUCUCGGCCCCGCCCACCGCCGGUGCCAUCGUUUCCGGUUCAGCCUAGAGACGCCGGAUCCUUCUAGCUUCUGCUGCUCUGGGCCGCCUAUUUCUCCAACGUUUCUGCGGCUCAUUCAGUCGCUGGGGCAGUCCUUUUCGGCUACAGGUAACAAGUUUCAGGGCGUCAUGGCCAGAGGCCGCCGCGGCCGGUCGGAUUUGAGGCCGUCUUUCGUGGCUUGCGCGCUCCCGUGGGCCCUGGGCCCGCCGGCGUCCGCCUCAGUCUGAGUACAGACCCUCCGCGCCCACGGGCCGCCUUGCACCGGACGCCAUGGCCUCCGAGGCUCCGUCGCCACCUCCCUCCCCCGAGCCUGAACUGGCCCAAUUGAGGCGGAAAGUGGAGAAGUUGGAACGCGAGCUGCGGAGCUGCAAGCGGCAAGUGAGGGAGAUCGAGAAGCUGCUGCACCACACAGAGCGGCUGUACCAGAGCGCCGAGAGCAACAACCAGGAGCUCCGCACCCAGGUAGAAGAGCUCAGUAAAAUACUCCAUUGUGGAAGAAACGAGGAUAGUAAAAAAUCUGAUGUAGAAGUACAGACAGAGAACCACCCUCCUUGGUCAAGCUCAGAUUAUUAUUAUCAGACAUACUAUAAAGAUGUUACUCUUUCAAAUAAAGUGUCUGAAUUCUCAGUUCAGGAAGAUCAGGAUAUCGAAGCUUCUACUUUUAAUUCUGAAGGCCAGUCACACAUAGAAAAUGAUGCUUAUGCUGGUAGUGAUAUAACAGAAAAUGUUAAAUGUGGGCAAGAGGACCAUUUUGCCUCAGAUUCACAGGAGCCAGCAUCUGCAUUAGCAACAGAAGAUACAUCCUUAGAAGGUUCUUCAUUAGCUGAAAGUUUGAGAGCUGCAGCAGAAGCUGCUGUAUCACAGACUGGAUUUAGUUAUGAUGAGAAUACUGGAUUGUAUUUUGAUCACAGCACUGGAUUUUAUUAUGAUUCUGAAAAUCAACUAUAUUAUGAUCCUUCCACGGGAAUUUAUUACUACUGUGAUGUAGAAAGUGGUCGAUACCAAUUUCAUUCUCGAGUAGAUUUGCAGCCUUAUCAGAGUUCUGGAACAAAACAAAACAAAGAUAAAAAACUGAAGAAGAAAAGAAAGGAUCCUGAUUCUUCUACAGCAAAUGAGGAGAAGAAUUUGAAUUCAGAAGAUCAAAAAACAUCCAGUAUUGACCACAUAAGCUGUAUUGAAGGAGAAGAUUUUGCAAAUGUGAAAAAGAAGGCCAAAAUAAAUAUUCAUUACAAAAACGGCUCCCCCGUGUUUACUGUUCCAGUUAGCACAAAGACUACAGAAUCUCCUCUUAAUGAAAACAUUUAUAAUUCGGCUUCAUUUAAAGAUAAGAAAAUCAUAGACACUGAUAGCGAGCCAGAAGAAGGUGAAAUAACAGACUCUCAGACUGAGGACAGUUACGAUGAAGACAUUACCAGUGAAGACAGUGUAACUGCAGAAGAUACUGAAGAUGAAGAUGAAGAAAAGAUUUGGCCCCCAUGUAUUAGAGUAAUUGUUAUUAGAUCACCUGUAUUGCAGACAGGAUCACUUUUUAUUAUUACAGCUGUAAACCCUGCUACAAUUGGAAGGGAAAAAGAUAUGGAGCAUACUCUCCGAAUUCCUGAAGUUGGUGUCAGUAAGUUUCAUGCAGAAAUUUAUUUUGACCAUGAUUUACAAAGUUAUGUCCUUGUGGAUCAAGGCAGUCAAAAUGGUACAAUUGUUAAUGGAAAACAGAUUCUUCAGCCUAAAACUAAAUGUGACCCAUAUGUACUCGAGCAUGGAGAUGAAGUGAAAAUUGGAGAGACUGUGUUGUCCUUUCACAUUCACCCUGGCAGUGAUACCUGUGAUGGCUGUGAACCAGGGCAGGUUAGAGCUCACCUUCGUCUUGAUAAGAAAGAUGAACCUUUUGUUGGCCCAGCACUAAGUAAGGAGGAGAAAGAGUUGGAAAGGAGAAAAGAAUUAAAGAAAAUACGAGUAAAAUAUGGUUUGCAGAAUACAGACUACGAAGAUGAAAAGGCAUUGAAGAAUCCAAAAUACAAAGAUAGAGCUGGAAAACGUAGGGAGCAGAUUGGAAGUGAAGGAACUUUCCAAAGAGAUGAUGCUCCUGCAUCUAUUCAUUCUGAAAUUACCGAUAGCAACAAAGGUCGGAAGAUGUUGGAGAAGAUGGGUUGGAAAAAAGGAGAGGGCCUAGGGAAGGAUGGUGGAGGAAUGAAAACUCCGAUCCAGCUUCAACUUCGGCGGUCACACGCAGCUGGGACAGGCAAACCAUCCUCAAUUGAAGAUGUUCACCUUCUCCAAAACAAAAGCAAAAAGAACUGGGAAAAAGCACGAGAGAGAUUUGCUGAAAACUUCCCAGAAACAAAAUCUCAAAAAGAUGCACCAGGGACCGUGCCUUGGGUCAAAGGGACUGUAGAGUGAAGGUCAGUCAUAGAAACAAGUAAGUGUUUUUACAGAGUUUAGAAACUCUUGUUUUUUUUUUGCAGAAAUUUUCCUGCCAAGAGUCAGUGGCAUGAGGGAGGUGUCACAAUUUACCCUUUCAUGAUUCAGACUUGUGUAAUGAAGUGUGGUUUGCAGCUUUUGAAAAACAUUUUUAAAAACUAAUAGUGACUGAAUCCAGUUACGCUGUGAGUGGACUCAAGUUCACAGGGCAUGGAUGAGCUUAUCAAACUUUGUUAUUUUGUCAUUUGCAAGACCUAUAUGAGCAACUAGCCAUAUAAGCAAAAUUCAUGUAACCACUGACAUGACUUAAAUGAACAUUUGUCCUUGUCUCCUUAAUACUCGUUACUUUAAGAUGUACAACAAAAGAAACAUCAAAAGGUAUAAAAAUGAUUCUGCCUUUGUGCAUUCUUGUUUAUGCCCUUGAGAACUUAGAUAGAAAAUGUUGAGAAAACAUGGGUAGUGGUGUGUAAAUUUUAUUAUUUUUGGAAUAACCUAGGUAAUAUUAUUGAAGAACUAAUGGACAGGUGACAUAUUGUAGAAAAUUAGUCUUUCAUUGUUUUCUUCUGUGAAGAAUCUAUUGAUUUGUACUAUAUAUUAAGCAUUCGCCUUUGGUUUGUUCCAUAGCUGAAAUAUUUAGAUAUGAACAAUUGAGUACAGUAUUGAAAUAUUCAAUGUGCUGGCAUUUGUAGUUUUGAUAAAUCCCAUUGCUGGCAAUGGAGUUGUGUUGGAGAAAUCUGAUUUCUAGUGCAAAAGGAUUACCUAGCCUAGGCCUCAAACUCAAGAUACUUAUUGAAAAUAUUUUCAAAUGCAAUAAAACAUUAUACAUAAUUACAAAUAAAUUAUGAUAAAAUUUUACAAUAAAAACAUUACAGCAUCAAGAAGAGUGAUUCAUUGAACCUGUGAUUUAAGGAUACUGGUCUGCUUGGAACUCAUGACCAGCCAGAAUUUUCCUGCUGAGAUUGGCAGCGCAGUAACAGAGGGACAACCGUAGAUCUUUGGAGCCCUGCACUGCAGCUGUCCGAAUGCAGGUGUCACUGCCCUGCCAGUCAUCACUGUUCUUUUCCUCUCUGUUCAGCUCUUCUCUCAGCUUUUUGCUGGGAAAUCCAUGCUGGAACUGAGCUGUUUCUUGCAGUGAAUAUAAACUAUAUCUCCUUCAUCUGCUAUAAAGAAAUAUCUUUAAGAUUUAGAAAGAUUUAGAAAUGGGAAAGGAAAAUUCUGGAAAAUAUUACACCGUGGGGAAGAUAAUUCAGAAAGAAAGGCUCCUUGUUGGAAUUUCUAGUCUAAAUGGUACAGGAUACUUAAUGAACAAAGUGGGGUGUGAAAAGAAAAAUAUGUAUUAUUAAAGAUGAGACAUAUGCCCAAACAACUGUCAAGUCCACUAGAGGCCUAAGAUGGGAUAAUCAGAGGUCCUAUAACUCCAAAUUUAGGUUAAGUAUUUUUCUAUAUCCUUCCUGGCGACCUGCAUACCUUAACACAUAUAUAUGUACGUUAGGCUUGGAGGCAGUAGGAGUGUCCUGCAGUAUUUUCUCUGAAGUAGAAAAAUUACUUGUCUAAAUGUGGUUCUGAUACUGGUGCCAUGUAUAUAGGUAACAAUAUAGGAUUCUCAGUAAACUUGCUUCUGGUAGCUCUCAUGCACUGGGUUAGUAUACAACUGUGUAUAUAUUUCCCAUUUUUAAAAUUGGAUUGUGGAAAACUUUUUCAUUGUUUUCUUUUGUUAAGAAAAUGGAAACUUGAAAAUGGUGAUAAAAAUUGAAAUACAUGUGAUAUUUGCAUUAUUAAAACCCUUUGCAGAUCUAAAGUCUCAGGGCUAUACUGUAUACUGAUUAAAGCACUGAAUAAUGUCUGGUUCUCUUUCUACCUAGGAAAUAAGAAUAUUAAUCUCACAUGUUUGUCUUGAAUAGAAAAUGAGAAAAUGUAUAUAAAAGCACUUUGUAAACUGUAAAAGUAGUACAAAUGUGAGCUUCUAUUUGUUUAGAAGCAUAAAUGUGGAUUGUGUACAACUUGAGUUAUACAUAAAAUUGUUUUGUGUCUAAUA